AAAUCGGGUAGAGGAAGGUAAAGCCCACACAUCUCUUUGAAAGGGCUGCUAUAUAAACGCCCAAGUUGUAAACACGUUAUCAAAAGUAAGCAGGAUACUAUCGGUGAGGACAGUGAAGAAAAGGGCAUUUACAAUGGCUUCACAAAAGGCUCUCCUUUUGCUCGUCGUUCUAGUUAGCGCUGCAUUUGCAGCACGUCAAGCGUCUGAUUUGAGAAGUGGUAAAGGUCAAGGUAAACAAAAGCGAGUCGGUGGAUGGACCUCGGUUGACCGAAAUUAUGAAACCAUUCAACUAGCACAGCCAAUCGUCCUCGGUGGAUGGACCUCGGUUGGCCAAAAUGAUAAAACCGUUCAACAAAUAGCGAAAUUCGCCGCUGGACAGAUUUGCUCCAGUUACGUCGUAAAUGCUGUAGAAAACGCUGAAAUGCAAAGUGUUGCUGGUACGAACUACCGCAUGGAUAUCCUAGUUUCCAAGGCAUGGAAAUGCAAAAUAGAAGUGUUUGAGCAGAUCUGGACGAAUACGAAGAUGUUGACGUCGUUUGCCUGCAAAUCGGUGCUGUAACUGGAUGACGUCGAAAUUUUUUACUUGUUUUUCGUAUGACUAUUUAUCGAGUAUAAACCUUUCCGUUUGAUAUCUUUCCUUUAAUCGGCAUAAGUUAUAGAAAUGUUCAAUGUCCUAUUGUUAUUAUAUGUUUGUUUUUUAAAGCGGGUAUAAAUAUUUAUUAAUUAAUCUUAAAUGUGAAAACAACUUAUAUUUCAAUAUAAACUAAAAUAAAAGUUAAGAAUAACAUGUGUCAAAAAGUGCUAAAUAAGCCAGAUAUUUAAUUCAGAAAUCGAAAAAGGCUGUACAGCCGAAUUCGCAAGCAUGUAUAUCAUGCAUGUACGAUGUGAAUUUAAAUUUAGUUUAACGGUUCAUUUGAAAUUCUUGCAGCGAUAUCAGUUCAUACGACACACGAACACUUACCAAAAAGACGAAAGCAUCGGUUAUUGUAGGAAAAUAUUACGAAUUAUCUUGGUCACAAUCGGCUCGGGGCGCUGAUUUGUAUUUGCUGCAUUUUAUGAAAUUCGUCUUAAAUGUAUCAUUUUUCUUUCAUAUUGUGUGUUAUUAUAACAUAAUUGUAUCAAUAUAUUACAAUUCAACACAUAUAAAAAUCGUAUAAUCUGACUUUAAGUUAACGUUGUUUUGUAAGAUUCAAACAUGUUGAAUGCCAGCAAUUAAAACUAUAACUCAUCACACAUUUUAUGAAAGAAUAUAUUACAAUAUUUUACGUUUGUCAGUAAACAACUUAUUUUCCUUUCUUUUUCAUAAUUCAAUAUUUGUGGCACCUGCAUUUGCUGAGUAGUACCUAACCAGACUUUCACGAUUAACAUGUAUUUAGUGAUAACAUGUACAUUGUAUUGGAAACAAUAAACUAUA